UUCUUUGUGACCUGAUUGUCCAUUACACGAUCCCAGCUGAUGCUUGUUCAGUUUGGUUUCAUCCAUUUCACUGAACUCUUCUUCAUAGUGAUCACUGCUCGACCGGUCCGUCCUGUACUGGACGUACUAAACGACAAUGACACGAUGCACUGCGUGCACCCGUUUCGCGAGGUUCAUGGAGACGGACGAAUCUGCGGCGCCGCAACGCUCCGCGCACGUGCACCCGGACGCCGUCGCCGUUCACAUCCCGUCGAGCCUCUCCGCCGAGGAGCCGGCCUCCAGAGAGCGACACGGUGACAUGAUCGCCGCCAUGGCAGCGGCGCCGUCCCCGGGGUACUCGCCGUUCGAGGCGCCCGUGCUCGCAGCCGCGCGCCCGGUGUCGAUCAGCUUACCGGCGUCGCCGACCGGAUUCGGCGCCUCGAGGACGGAGGCGGAGCUGCAUCGGCACGCCGUCACGGACGCGCCGCCGCGGAUGGUGUUGCCGCCGCGCGCCCCGGCGGCCGUGGCCCUCGCGCAGCCUGACAAGGUGGUGUUCCGGUCGCAGCCGAUCGCCGCCGCGCCGCUAGGGGCCAAGGCCGCGGAAGGGCACGGCGACCCCAGCCGGAGCGCGCCGCACGCGGGGAGGGGCAAGCCGCCGCGCAGGGACACCAGCUACGACUCGUUCAAGACGUGGUCCGGCAAGCUGGAGAAGCAGAUCACCACGCACCUGCUAGGCGGCCGGGCGCCACCGCAGCAGCAGGAGGAGGAGGAGCCCGAGGAAGACGACACCGCGACCAGAAGCCGCCGCAAUUCCUCCUCCAUGCCCGAAGUGCAGCGCUUCUUCGCCGCGCUGGAAGGCCCCGAGCUCGACAAGCUGAGGUCCUCGGAGGAGCUGAUCCUGCCGUCCGACAAGACGUGGCCGUUCCUUCUCCGGUUCCCGGUGUCGGCGUUCGGCGUGUGCAUGGGGAUGAGUAGCCAGGCCAUCCUGUGGAAGCGGAUCGCCAUCUCGGCGUCGACGCGGUUCCUGCACAUCACCGCCAAGGUCAACCUGGUGCUGUGGUGCGUGUCGGUGGCUCUCAUGGCCGCCGUGUGGGCGCUCUACGCCUGCAAGGUGGUCUUCUACUUCGAGGCGGUCCGGCGCGAGUACUACCACCCGAUCCGCGUCAACUUCUUCUUCGCGCCGUGGAUCGCGUGCCUGUUCCUGGCCAUCGGCGUCCCGGACGCGGUGGCGGCGAGCCUCCCCCACUGGCUCUGGUACGUGCUCAUGGCGCCCAUCGUGUGCCUGGAGCUCAAGAUCUACGGCCAGUGGAUCUCCGGCGGGCAGCGGCGGCUGUCGCGGGUGGCCAACCCCUCCAACCACCUCUCCAUCGUCGGCAACUUCGUCGGCGCGCUGCUUGGCGGCAUCAUGGGGCUCAAGGAGGGGCCCAUGUUCUUCUUCGCCGUCGGGCUGGCGCACUACACGGUGCUGUUCGUGACGCUGUACCAGCGGCUGCCCACGAGCGAGACGCUGCCCAGGGACCUCCACCCGGUCUUCUUCCUCUUCGUCGCCGCGCCCAGCGUCGCGUGCCUCGCCUGGGCCAGGAUCACCGGCGAGUUCGGCUACGGCUCCCGGGUCGCCUACUUCAUCGCCAUGUUCCUCUACGCCUCACUCGCCGUGCGGAUCAACCUGUUCCGGGGGUUCAGCUUCUCGCUGGCGUGGUGGGCGUACACGUUCCCGAUGACGAGCGCGGCGAUCGCGUCCAUCCGGUACGCGUCGGAGGUGAAGAACGCCUUCACGCAGUGCAUGUGCAUCGGCCUCACGGCGGCCGCCACGCUCACGGUCACGGCGCUCUUCCUGACGACGCUGCUCCACGCGGUGGUGCACCGCGACCUCUUCCCCAACGACAUCUCCAUCGCCAUCACGGAGCGCAGGCGCAAGCCCUUCUUCGCCAAGGAGUUGAUGCGCAGCAGGAAGCAGGCGGCGGCGCUCGACACCACCCCCUCCGAUGCCGCGGACCUGGAGGCUGCGCGCGCCGCCACGACGUCGUACACGUAGGCCGGCGGCCGGCAACCGUGACCACGACAAUGAUACGCGUGGAUCUCUAGCUCUUGGACAAAAGGCCCAUUUUGUGUGGCGAUCGAUGUAUGUGUAGUAGAAGAGUUGUAUGUACACUGUGUAUCACGGAGGAAGAAGAUCUAUCGUAUAUGCUGCCA